AUGGUAGAAAAGUCUAUUAAAACUUAAGGGGAUGUGCUUUUUACAAGUGAAGAUUUAGAUUUAAAAAAAACUAUUGAAUAUAAAAUUGAGGGAGUUGAAUAGCAAUUGUACUAGCCAGAUGCCUAAUAUCAUUAUCAAAUGAUUAGUAAGUGGCAUAUAAAAAACAUAAGCAAGCUCAAAUACAAUGACGACUUAGAUUUUGAUUUAGUAAAGUAUUUAAAAACUAGAGGUUUGUCAUUGAUGAAAGAAUGGCAUCCCACUGAAGUUUAAAAUGGACAAAUAAUGCUAGGAUUCCAUAAACCUAUGUUUACGUCUUAAAAUCAUUUACAUAUGCAUUGUAUUGUUGGGAAAAAAAAGUUCAUAGCUCCAUUUUAGUUCAAUAAGAUAACGACAACGAAGGUUGAUGACUUGUUUUAGCAAUUUUAAAAAUAAAGAGUUAAAAUUGAAAUUAAGGAUAGAACAAAUAGUAAGCUUUGA